AGCAUCUCUAGUGAGCCCAAAUCCAACCGUGAGUAUCUCUCUUUCGAAAAUCGACUUUUAAUCGUCAAAUUAUUUUUACUUUUUUUGAAGUUGUUCUCGUUUAUUACUCUUUUUUUGUUGUUGUUUCACAAUCCCUCAAAAUACAUCCGAAACAAAGUCAUGGCCGCAUUUAUCCCCGACUCCAACAAUCGCAACAGCAUCACGCUGCGCAACGAUGACGGCUCCAGCAUUACGGUGUACGAACAGGGCGCCCACCUCUCCAGCUGGAAGUCGACGGAUGGGGUGGAGCACCUGUACCUGAGCCCCAAGGCCAUCUUCGAGGACCGCAAGGCCCUCCGCGGUGGUGUGCCGAUCAUCUUUCCUCAGUUCGGCGGCUACGGUCCGAUGCUGCCGGUGCACGGCUUCGCCCGCAUCCGACCGUGGAAGAUCGAGGACUCCGAGAACGGCCGCGCCACCUUCAGCCUGCACGCUGGUCUGGCGGAGCUGUUUCCGGAGGGCUGCUCCCUCUCCGAUAGCCCGCAGAACGCCGUGAAACUCCUCUACACCAUCCACUUCAGCAACAUGGAGCUGAAGCUGACGAUGAAGGUCACGAACACGAGCGAGGAGCGCGAGGCGCCGUUCCAGUUUGCCUUCCACACGUACUUCGCGGUGGAGAAGCUGCAUCGCACCGUCGUCAACGGCGUCAACCGCUCCCCUUACGUGGACAACAAUGAGUCGAAGGGCGACCCGAAGGCCAAGGUGCAUCAGCCGGAGCCGCUCUGGAUUAUUCGCGAGGAGCACGACCGCGUCUACCCCGGCCAGCACUGCGCCAUCCUUCUGCAGGACCUCGAGGCGAAACGUGCGAUUCAGGUGUCUACUCCGAACCUGCCCGAUGUGUGCAUCUGGAACCCUGGCCCGGAGAAGUGCGCGGCGCUGAAGGAUAUGCCCUCGGACGGCUACCAGCACUUUGUGUGCGUUGAGCACGGCAACAUGCUGAAGCAGGUAGUGGUGCCGCCGAACUCGAGCUGGACGGGCACGCAGGUGAUCACUAUACUGCCCGGCAGCCCGGCGGAUGCGAAGAUGUGA